UUCGUGACCUCACUUCCUGUGAAAACAACACCACGUGUGAAUAAACGAAUGACUGCAAUCCUGUCAAAACCUUUCACAUGCGAAUACUAAACCACAUACACAUGGAAUAAAACGGCGUGUUUGAAUAAACACACUAACUUUUCUGACCAAAGUGAAAGUUUAAUUCUCGCUGAAGUGUAACCAUGAGUUUUGUGGAGUACUCAGACCUCAUUCAGGAUGGAGACGUGGUCAUCAUAUACAUAAGUAUGGACUCCACGAUGCCAGUGAAGGUACAGAAAGGGGCCCAAACACAAACCCGCUAUGGUGUCAUUCGCCAUUCAACUGACCUGAUCGGUCAGCGUUAUGGGUCAAAGAUCACCUGCAGUAAAGGUGGCUAUGUCUACAUUCUUCACCCGACCCCUGAACUGUGGACAAUAUCCCUGCCCCACAGAACACAGAUUCUCUACACUACAGACAUCGCCACCAUCACCAUGAUGCUGGAACUGAAGCCAGGAUCAGUGGUCUGUGAGUCAGGUACCGGCAGUGGUUCUCUGUCCCACGCCAUCCUGCGAACCAUCGCCCCUACGGGUCACCUGCACACAGUGGAGUUUCAUCAGCAGAGGGCGGAGAAGGUGGCAGAGGAGUUUAAAGAACAUCGUGUGGAUCACCUGGUCACCGUCAGGAACCAGGACGUGUGUAAGGACGGCUUUGGAGUGACAGGAGUGGCCGACGCUGUGUUCCUGGACAUCCCCAGCCCCUGGGAGGCAGUAAAGCACGCCAAGGCUGCUCUGAAGAAACAAGGAGGCCGUCUCUGCUCCUUCUCUCCGUGCAUCGAGCAAGUCCAGAGAACCUGUGAGGUUCUGGCCGACCAGGGCUUCCAGGAGAUCAGUACCUUAGAAGUUCUACUGAGAGUCCAUGACGUCCGCACCGUCUCCCUGCCAUUGCCUGACUUUGGUCCCGAUGCUUCUUCUCCGGGAGAGCCUGGUACCAGAGACGUGGUCCAGAACCACCCAGCAGUCACCCUGAAGACCACCACCACCCCGAGAGAAAUACCAGGCCACACAGGUUACCUCACCUUCGCCACCAAACCCAGGACCUAAACCUCACACCUCACUGUAGAUUUUAUUUUUAAUUUUACAACUUAAAGUUCUUGUUUGUCAGCUUGAGAUAAUCCAGGAGAAAAACCUGGUCCCUCCUGGUCCUGGUCCUGGGCCUGUUCGGUACCACAGCAACAAGAGGAUUUACACUGUUCUCUAAGAUUUAUCCUCCUGUAACUGGGCACUGAGUUGUUGCUUGGAUCAAGUAUGAUUAAAAAAAAAAA